AUGGUUAACGAUCGUGUCGUUGAAGACAUUACACUUGAUAUAUUGUACAAGCCUCACACUCUUACGAUCUUAGCUUGCUUAUGCGCUUUCGUCUGGUACAAAGCAUUUUCAGACAGAUUGGAUAGAAGCACUGAUCAAAACAUAUAUGACGGUUGUAUUAGUACACUCGUUCUCUUCGUUGUUGUCAGCGCUCUUGCAUUUCCAAAUGGCCCUUUCAUUCGACCGCAUCCUAUACUGUGGCGAAUCAUAUUUGGAAUGUCAGUGGUUUACCUGAUGAUUUUACAAUUUUCUCUUUUUCAAACUUUCGUCGAUAUAAAGAAAGUACUUUCUUGGUUGGAUCCUGAGGGUCUCAGUAAGGAGAGACUUGAGGAAAAGGCAUAUGCAGUGAACUGCUCGGACAUCACCUUAGAACGAAUUUGGAGUCACAUGGAUGUCUUCGCUGUGGGCCAUUUUAUUGGCUGGGCUUUGAAAGCGUUAUUAAUUCGGCAUGGUAUAAUAUGUUGGUAUAUCAGCAUAGCCUGGGAGAUUACUGAGGUAGUAUUUACGCAAUUGUUACCGAAUUUUGAGGAGUGUUGGUGGGAUGCCAUUAUUCUUGACAUACUUAUAUGCAACGGACUUGGUAUUUGGUUCGGGUUAAAAGUGUGUAAUUUCUUUCAAAUGCGACAGUUCCACUGGGAGAGCAUAAAAGAUAUCAGGUCUCAUCGUGGACGCUUCAAAAGGGCCGUGAUGCAAUUUACACCAGAAAGUUGGACAGAGUUCGACUGGUUUAAUUCAAAGGCAUUCAGGCGAACAAUGGCUAUCUAUUUCUUUGUACUAAUCUGGCUGCUGACUGAAUUGAAUACAUUCUUCUUAAAGCAUGUGUUUGCCGUGGAUACGAAGCAUCCGGUGGUGUUCGGUCGUAUCAUUCUCAUGGCUCUUAUAUCUGCACCAUCAAUUAGGUGCAUUGAAGAUUCAGAAUGGGAACGCUUGUCAUGGGUAUCCGAGGAAAGUGAUUCUGAGGCUGCUGCAGUUCAUCAUGAUACUCGAUGCUAUUCGAUGCCAUUCAAUGCCAUUCGAUGUCAAACAAUUUCACAGUCGUUAAAAUUCUCGUCAACUACAGUCGCUCAAUGA